UUCAUUCCUCAAAUGGCUAACCUUCUCAUCUUCUUCAUCCCUUAUUUCUCAUUAAUUUCCUUGUCCUACUGCUUAACCAUCCCUACACGCUCUGAGUCAGAGAUUAGGGAACUAUAUGAAGGUUGGCUAAUGAAACAUAGAAAGACCUACAAUGGCAUGUUGGAGAAGGAGGAGAGGUAUGAGAUCUUCAAAGAUAACCUUAAAUAUAUUGAUGAGCACAAUGGCCGGAAUCACUCGUUUCAUCUUGGUCCAAAUAUUUUCGCCGAUAUCACCAAUGAAGAGUACCAAAAAACUUAUUUGGGGUUAGUAACUCCAACAUGGAACAAUUCAAGGAAAGAGAGCGAGAGGUAUAAGUUUAACCUAAGUUGUCCUGAUUCUAUUGAUUGGAGGCAGAAGGGUGCUGUUGUUCCUGUUAAGCAACAAGGCCAAUGCUUUAGUUGCUGGGCUUUUGGUGUAAAUGCAGCAGUGGAAGGCAUAAAUAAAAUUGUUACUGGAAAAUUGAUAUCAUUAUCUGAGCAAGAGUUAGUAGACUGUUAUAAUCGAGGGUGUGAUAGAGGAUAUAUGCAUCUUGCUUAUGAGUUUAUUAUAAAAAAUCGUGGUAUUGACAGUGAAGAGGAUUACCCUUAUAUAGCAAAAUACACUCAAUGUGACAAAUCAAAGAUGAAAAAAAGAGUGGUAUCAAUAGACGAUUAUGAGUCGGUACCUGCAAAUGAUGAGAAGUGUUUAAAAAAAGCAGUUGCCAACCAACCAAUCAGUACUGGUGUUGAAGCAUAUGGCCGUGCUUUCCAGUUAUAUGAAUCAGGAAUAUUUACAGGGUUUUGUGGGACAAAAAUUGAUCAUGCUGUGGCUAUUGUCGGAUAUGGAGUUGAAGAAGGAAGUGAAUAUUGGCUUAUUAAGAACUCAUUUGGAAGUUUUUGGGGAGAAGAAGGAUAUAUGAGGAUGAAACGGAAUGUUGAGUCACUCUAUGGCAAGUGCGGUAUUGCAAUGUGGCCAUAUUACCCGGUGAAGAAGAGAGAUUGUUUGCUGGAUGAGAGUGAUCUAGUUGAAGAGAAGACAAAGCCACAAACUCUUGCAAAUUGGGUUUCUUCUGAUUGUGAUGAAGGCAAGGGAAGCAUAUGAAAGAAGAUAUGAUGCAUACUUUAUAGACAAAUUUAAUUUAGUGAAAAAACUUGUAUAAAUAAAAUUUGAAUAAUUCUCUUAAAUUUGCUUCUUUAAUCAUCAAUUUGUUUUUGUGCCAAUAAAGUUUAAUUUGAAUGGA